GUAUGAGAAUCAGUAAAAAAGAUCUGAGAUCACGGCGCGUCAAGGCGCGUACGGUGCGUUAGUUAAAGAGAGAGAGACGCUGUGGAGGAUCAGACCCUCAGAGAUGCUCAUAUGCCUCUGAUAUUAUAGUGAAUUAUUAUGGGAAUUCAUUAACGCUCGUUCCCGAUCCACGUGCGCGCUCUUGAAUAACACUCGUGAUCCGGUUUCGUCGGCUGGGAAUAAACUUUCACAUUCCGGUUGUUAUUUAUCAUUCUUUAUUCAUAAGGACAAAGCGGAUCUGGUGGAUCACAGGUUUGAGUGGCAGAAAUGAGGGAGAGGUUCGCGUUUUAUCUUCUCAUCUUCGUGUUGACGCUGUUUUGGCACACCAGAACAUCUUAGAUGAGAGCUGUAACCCGCAGCGUAUGAAACUAGGAUCAUUAAAGUACUAAAAGACAUCAAGAACAUUGUGAAGAUCAGGUCAGUGUCCGCAGAUCCUACAACAGAUGCCUUCAAAAAUAACAUCACCCUGUUCACACGCAUCCUGGACCGCCUGCUGGAUGGCUACGACAACCGGCUGAGACCCGGACUGGGAGAUCGAGUUACCACAGUGAAGACUGACAUUUACGUCACCAGUUUUGGCCCUGUUUCAGACACCGACAUGGAGUACACCAUCGAUGUCUUCUUCAGGCAGAGCUGGAAGGAUGAACGGCUGAAGUUUGAGGGGCCGAUGAAUAUUCUGCGUUUGAACAACCUGAUGGCCAGUAAGAUAUGGACUCCAGACACAUUCUUUCACAACGGGAAGAAAUCUGUCGCGCACAACAUGACCAUGCCCAACAAACUGCUGCGGAUCCAAGAUGACGGCACCCUGCUGUACACCAUGAGGUUGACGGUGCAUGCUGAGUGUCCGAUGCAUCUUGAAGAUUUCCCCAUGGACUUCCACUCCUGUCCUCUCAAAUUCGGCAGCUAUGCUUACACAACAACAGAAGUGACAUACACCUGGACAAAGAACGCAUCCAACUCUGUGGUGGUAGAAGAGGAAAGCUCUAGAUUAAACCAGUACGAUCUGCUGGGACAAACCGUGGGGAACGAAACCAUCAGAUCCAGCACUGAGUGCCGCUUCUUCACCUGGUCCCAUUUUGCACGCUCUUUGCCUAUGAUUUCCCAUCAGGAUCCAAAAUUAGAUUUUUGUCAGCUCUUUCUGAUGGCAGGUGAGUACACUGUGAUGACAGCCCACUUCCACCUGAAGAGGAAGAUCGGUUAUUUUGUGAUUCAGACGUACCUGCCGUGCAUCAUGACCGUCAUCCUGUCCCAGGUGUCCUUCUGGCUCAACCGAGAGUCUGUUCCAGCCCGGACUGUUUUUGGUGUGACCACUGUACUAACUAUGACCACUUUGAGUAUCAGCGCCCGUAACUCCCUGCCGAAAGUCGCCUAUGCCACAGCCAUGGACUGGUUCAUCGCAGUGUGUUACGCCUUUGUCUUCUCCGCCCUGAUUGAGUUCGCCACAGUCAACUACUUCACCAAGCGCGGCUGGGCUUGGGAUGGCAAGAGCGUGGUCAAUGACAAGAAAAAGGAGAAAGCUUCAGUCAUCAAAAAGAACAACGCCUACGCUGUCGCCGUGGCGAACUACGCCCCCAAUAUCACCAAGGACACCGUUCUCCCUACCAUCGCCAAGGGAAGCGUAGCCGAACAGGGAAAGAUCAAAGCCGAUGGGAAACCGGCCGAGGCGAAGAAAACCUUCAACAGCGUGAGUAAAAUCGACCGUAUGUCCCGCAUCAUGUUCCCGGUUCUCUUCGGGACAUUCAACCUGGUUUACUGGGCGACGUAUUUGAACAGAGAACCUGUGAUCAAAGACAUGAUGCCCUCUUAUUAGACGGUGUCCAGGGUUGCGACGGGUUCCAUUAAGCAGGACUAAAGACUAGGCCAAAACCACCCAGGGACUGAAUAUAAUCACGCUCCGACGCUCUUUCCCAUCUGCUCCACACAGAUGUGUCGUGGAUUGUUGCAAGAUGCCUUUCUAUCUCUCUCUAUCUCUCGUCGCUCUUUUCUACAGCUUUUUCAGCAGUGCUUUUGAAAUGACAUUUGCCUUUGUACAUAUGUACGUAGUGAAAAUGAAAAUGACGUGUUAUGUUUGUGUUUCGCUCUGUGAGAAUCUGACUUUAGACCUCUAUCUGUGAUAUAGACUAGCAAAUUAUAGUGAUUUAUUUAUUUAUUUGAUGUAAAAAUUAAACCUUUUUGUGAUGGUGCUUGUUUUUGAGUAGCCUAUAAAUAUAUUUUAUUUUUAUUUUUUAUAAGACCAAGCUCUUUUGUGCUUAUGGUCUGAUAUUUUGUGCUGGGCCCAUACACAAAAAAAAAACAUGAAAUCAACCGUUUACACACAUUGCUGUAUCUUUACCGUCUGUGAUUUUAUUUUCUUCUAUUGAACCAGGAAUGUUCCUUUAACAGCAUUUUGGAGUAUUUGUUUACUGUCAGUUUUUUGACUACAUCCCUUUAUAAAGGUCUCUAAUGCAGCAGCAUGUAUCAGGGUUGUUUGGAAAGCUCAUUCAACCUGAACUUUGAAGUCAAGAAGAAACCGUAAUUGCAUGCCAUAUUACUUCCAUAAUGUGCCCUAUUUUUUAGUAAAAUUACUCAACAACAACAAAAUGCAAGCUGGGGUUUGAUUUUACCCAUUGGGGAUUUACAGUAUUCCAUUUCAUUUAAAAACAAGACUAACUGAUGUUAGCCAACAAGGCUAGAGCUGAAAGCAAAUUGUUGUAUUUUGAUGAAAGAUUAGGAAUACAUAUUGUUUAGUCUUAAAAGAAACAGCUCACCCAAAAAUGAAAUUUGCUGAAAAUUCGCUCUAAAAUUUUAGGCCAUGCAAGAUGUAUGAGGUUGUGUCUUUAUCGGAACAGAUUUGGAGAAAUUCAACAUUAGAUUACGUGCUCACCAAUGGAUCCUAUGCAGUGAAUGGGUGCCGUCAGAAUGAGAGUCCAAACAGCUGAUAAAAUCAUCAUAAUAAUCCACAAGUAACUUUUGGACUGUUUUUGUUUUUGCAGACUGAAGAUAAGACACAUUUUCACUUGAUAAAGUAGUGUUAUUGUAAUGAUCUGUUUAUUACAAACAUUCAGUUUAUGGAUUAUUAUUGUGAUGUUGUUAUCAGCUAUUUGAACUCUCAUUCUGACGGUACCCAUUCACUGCAAAGGACCCAUUGGUGAGCAAGUGCUCCAAGUGUGUUUCGAUGACAUCUUGAAAGUAUUUGAGGGAAAUGUUCAUUUGUGGAUGAAAUCUUACUUUAAGAAUUAGUCGCAAGAAAGUAAAAUGGGUCCAUAUUACUUUAAACAUGACUAGACUUGGUGCGUCAUGAUUGUACAUAAAUGUACUAUUUCCUAGGCAUAGUUUUUGUUCAUUAUUCUUAAAUUGCAUAUUAAUGAACCCACUACAAAUACAACCACAAGUUGAGCUUUCCUCACAUCCUUCCAUCAAAGAUGAAGUGCAUCAUUUUUGAUGUUCAGAUACUUUCUCCUUGUCCAGGUUUAAUGUGAAAACACUAUUAUAAGACAUGUUAUAAUAUAUUGCCUUCUUAAAGAGUGAAAACACUGUGGCUUUGUGGCACUUUAAGAACUGUAAGCAGCCUGAUAUGGGCGGAGCUAUUUGUUUUUCAACCAAUAGCAGACAGGGAGUGUUUGGAAACAAUCUGUUUGGUGCCGGUAAUGAUGCAGAAAUGACACACUUCAUCUUUCAUGCUGGAGCUAAGGAAAUUAGUGAACAUGUUAAAAAAUUAUAAUCAUGAUGAUUUCAUGUUCAGUAGUUUCCUCAUUUUGCCACUGUGCUUUCCUGUAAUUGAACUUUUACAGACAAUGAUUUUUUUGGACCAAAAGACCGAAGUGCUUCAACUACUGCAUGUUUACUACAAUUGUUUACCCUCUAAAACGAAGCUAAAUAUUCUUAAAAUUCAGUGUGUUACAAAAUAUGAUGCAGUAACAUCAUAUAAAUGUCACUGACUCUGAAUUCUGCAAAUUUCAAUUGCCUGUCGCAGUGAAGACAACAUUUUUAUUUUAUUUAUUUUUUUGUAUAUAUGUAAGGAAUAUUUGUUCAUGUAGGUGUUGUUAUACACUUGUGUGUGAUUUACCAUGAGCCUGUUUUAUGUUGUCUGUUUGUACAGUUUUAUACGCAGAAAAAAUACGCAUUGCAGAGAUUUCAGACAAGCUUUUAAGGUAUUCAUUUUAAGGGGAAAAUGUAUGAUGUUCAUUUAAGCAUGCUGCAGCCUUUUUGGCUCGAUAGAAAAUGAUCAAAGUGUUUCGGAAUGGUAUACAUUGUUGUUACAAUUAUUUAUUACUAUUUAUUAUUGUUAAUUUGUUCAUUAUAAAAAAAAACUAAUUUCUAAUGUUUAGGAGUUCAUAUCAAAGUGUCAAUAUGUUUUUCAAUAAUUUUAGCUAAAGUUUAUUUAACAAUAUAUUUAUUGAAAUAUAUACAUAUUCAUUUAUUCUCUUUAUUUCUCAGUAUUAUUUGACAUGCUAUCAUAUUAAAUCUAUUUUCUGUGUGAUCAUCAUAUAGUUUGAAGCUCUGCUUUAAUUUUUACAUUGCUUUGAUUGUAUUAAAUGAUGGUUGCAUCUUUGUUAUGCAGAAACAGUUUGAGCAAUAAAAAAAGAAGGGGUGACAUGUAAACUUCCUGGCAUGGAAAAGAGUUUUCCACACACAGAAUGUAUAGUUCUCUGUCAUUGUCCUGCUAAAAAAGACAAUGCAAAUACAUAUUGAAUGAAACAUCCAUGUGCCAGUGGUUCAUGUUCUCAGAUGGGAUGUUUUGAACAGAAUGUCUGAAUAUAAUAGGUGAUUUUUCUGCAUAGGUGUUACAACUGAUCUGUCAGUCAGCUUUUAAUGACAGCAUUAUUAUUUAAAGGAACAUUGCAUCCAAAAAUAAAAUUUGAUCUAAUUUAUCUCACUUACAUGGUGCUCUAAAUACGUAUGCUGUUAUUAUUUUGGUAUUUUUGUGUACUUUUGGAAGGUUUACAGACAUGAUCACUAUGAAGCUACAUGAGGAUCUUUCAGAAAUUCUUCUUUUGUGCACUCUUCAGAAAAAAAUACCAGCAUAUGGGUUUUGAACAACAUGAGGGUGAGUAAAUGACUGCAUUUUCACUCUGGGUGAACUAUUCUUUUAAUUGAAAAUGUGGGGGAAAAUCAAUGAGUUGUAUACUUUUUGAAAUGAAUCACCAAGAUCAGCUAAGUUCUCACUAAUGUCUGUUAUCAUUCUAUAUAAUGAAUAUGUUGUUUCCUAUAAUGUAAAUGUGAAUUUAGGCACAUACCAACAACUGAACCGCUUUAGUCCUUUAAGUGAUGGGACUCAAUUUCUAAAUAUUGGUACUUUCUCUUUAAAACGUCAUUCUACUUACUCUUUCAACAGCUUCUUGCUAAAUAAACAAC